AUGGCUGAGACGCUGGCGCUCCGCGGGACCCUGAAGGCCCACACUGGCUGGGUGACGUCGAUUGCGACGCCCAUCGACCGCAACUCGGACACCAUCCUGUCGUCUUCGCGCGACAAGACAGUGAUUGUCUGGGAACUCACCCGCGAGGAGACCAACUAUGGUUUCCCCCGCCGCUCUCUCCAGGGCCACUCCCACUACGUCGAGGACGUCGUGAUCUCCUCGGACGGCCAGUUCUGCCUGACCGGCGCCUGGGACGGCACCAUGCGCCUGUGGGACCUCAACACGGGGGCCACCACGCGCCGCUUCAUCGGGCACUCAAAGGACGUCCUGUCCGUCGCGUUCUCGGUUGACAACCGCCAGAUCGUUUCGGCGUCGCGCGACCGCACCAUCCGCCUGUGGAACACCCUCGGCGAGUGCAAGUACACCAUCGACAAGCCCGAGGGCCACACGGACUGGGUCUCGUGCGUGCGCUUCUCGCCGGUGCCCUCGAGCCCCACGAUCGUGUCGGCCGGCUGGGACAAGCUCGUCAAGGUCUGGGACCUCCAGAGCUGCAAGCUCAAGUUCAACCUGGUCGGGCACACGGGCUACCUGAACACCGUCACGGUGUCCCCCGACGGCUCCCUGUGCGCCUCGGGCGGCAAGGACGGCGUCGCGAUGCUCUGGGACCUCACGGAGGGCAAGCGCCUCUACUCGCUGGACGCGGGCGACAUCAUUUACGCCCUCACGUUCUCGCCGAACCGCUACUGGCUGUGCGCGGCCACGCAGUCGUGCAUCAAGAUCUGGGACCUCGAGACCAAGUCGAUCGUCGACGAGGUUCGCCCGGAGAUGCCGCCCGUGGGGAAGAAGGCCCAGCAGCACUACUGCACCUGCCUGCAGUGGUCGAUCGACGGCGCGACGCUGUACGCCGGGUACACCGACGGCGCGAUCCGCGUCUACACCGUGUCGCGCACCAUGCCCGUCGUCUAA